AUGCCGGCCAUGGCGCUGAAGCUGUUCAAGCGCGGGCAGACCGUGCUGCUCAUGCUGCCCGACGGCGGCAUGCGCAUAUACGCGGACGCGGUGCGCGUGGCGCGCGUGAUGAAGGACUAUCCGGGCUUCAUGGUCGGAUCGCACAACUCCGCGCGCCUGCAUCUCCCGCCCGAGAAGCUCCUGCGGCCCGGCAACUCUUACUUCCUCCACGCGCCCUCGGAGACCGAUCCAGGCACCGCCGUGCCCCCGCCGCGGCUCGAUACGACCGGCGGAUUGGCCGAGUAUACCCGCGAUUAUGGUGACUAUGACAAGAGCUCGCCGGAUCAAUGGUCGCCCGCGAGCGACGCAUCGUGGACGGCGAAAGAGUGGGACGGCAAUUCGCGCUUCGCUGCGGACGCGGCUCCGCGACAGCACUGGCAGCGCGCCGCUCUGUCAAAUGCUGCGUCGACAGGGGCUUCCUCGUCGGGUUACCUAUCGCGAACGUUCCCCGCCGUUGAUUCCAGCCAGCCCGCCAGCCCAUCCGGACCUCCCCGGCUGACUCGGCGCGCUUCGCUCGCAAUUGACAUGUCUUCCCUCGCCCUCUCCCCCUCCUCCAUCGCUCCCCCGCAAACGUUUCGCCGCCUUCCCCCUAACUUCCAAGCGCAAGACGUCGCCCCCACGCCUGCGGUUCCCCCGCGCUUGCUGUGCGCGGGGGACGUGCGGGUCGCGCUGGGCGCCAGCAUGGGCAAGUCGAUGAGCUUCCCGGAUUUCGCGGGUCUAGAGAGCGGUGACGUGGCGCUACGUGCGCAGUCGGGCUCGCGGGUGGCCCGGGGGAACAGCGGAGGCGGAAGCGGAGACUGGGGAAGCGGGGAAAACAGUCCGGGGGCAAUCUGGGAGUGCGAGGAGGAGGAGGGGAGAAUGGAAAGGAGCAGCAGCGGCGGCGGCGGCGGCGGCGGCGGAUUAACCCGCAGGCGCUUGGGUAUUCCCAGUAGUAGAUACGCCGCCCCUGAGCCACAGUUGCCGCCGCUGCAGCCGCAGCAGCAGCAGCAGCAGCAGCAGAGGGCGUGGAAGGCAGGACAGUACGGGCAGCUCACUCCGCCCACUGGGUCUGGUCCGCUCCCCCCCAUCUCCACGCACGCGCUCAACAUGUCCCCCGCGUCCCCCUGCCAGCACUCGCCCAGUGUGUUCUCGCCUCUCGCCCGCUCUGCAUACCACCACUCUCACUUUCAACACGUGCAGUUGCAGCAGGGGCUGUAG